UCCCUCUGGAUCUUACCCAGUCUCAGUCUGCUGCUUGCGGGAGGCAGACGGCCAGCUGACGACCUCUCUGUUUGUCCUCCGGCUUCUCCCUGCUGAAUACUCGCUCAAUACUGAUUGAGGCUAGAUGUGACUGCUUUGUCAGGAAUAGCCGAGAUCUAGAACUAGAUCUAUUGCUCGACAAGCUGAGUCAGCUCUACUUCCUCAAGUACUGGAGUAUCGAAGCAGCUGCACCUUCUAUGUGCCCAGAGGGGAAUAUCUAUAGGCUCGUCUGAUGAGCCCUGCAGAUGUCAGUUCGCAGCGCUCGCGUGGACAAAUACCUUCGGCAGAGACAGAGACUACUCCUCUUCUCAAUGGCUCUCCUCGAACAGAAGAGUCAGCUACAGCUAGAGGCAUUUCGUCGCGACGUCUCGCGCUCACCAUCGCUGCCAUCUCGUGUGGUACCUUCCUCGCUGCCUUUGAUUUGACGAUUGUUGCUGCAAUUUGGCCAACUAUUGGAGCCGAGUUCAACAGCUUGAAUCAAAUGGCGUAUGUCGCCGUUGCGUAUCAUCUGUCAAACACUGCUUUUCAACCGCUCUACGGACGCUUGAGUGACAUCUUUGGUCGCAAACAGUGUCUAUUAUUUGCCAAUGCCGUCUUUGGUAUAGGAACUCUUGGAUGUGCGCUAAGUAGGAACUUGGGGUCUCUCGUCUUGUCACGCCUCGUUGCUGGCAUUGGCGGCGGCGGUCUCAACGUCGUGAGUGUCAUCAUCCUCUCAGAUCUUGUCCCAGUACGCCGACGAGGCAUAUUUCAAGGUCUGAUGAACAUCAUCUUUGGCUCUGGCAGUGCUCUGGGUGCGCCAAUCGGUGGCCUCAUUGCAGACAGUGCUGCUGGCUGGCGAUGGGCUUUUGGCAUACAGCUGCCCAUCAUUGUCCUUUCAAUGUUUAUGAUUUGGCGCCUCAUCGUCGUCAAGGACCCUAUGCACGAUACGACUGCUACGUGGCAAGCGCGUGUGCGGCGAAUAGACUUCAUUGGCUCCGCAAUGCUUGUUUCUGCCAUCAGCUGUCUGAUCAUUGGUCUCAACAUUGGAGGCAACAUGGUGGCAUGGCGUUCACCUAUCCCUUUGUCACUCAUGGCAGGCUUCGUCAUCUUUGCCAUUGCAUUCAUUUUGGUGGAAAAGAAUGUUGCUUCAGAUCCCAUCCUGGCUGUCCGACUCAUGCAUGCUCGCACACCGAUACUCACCUCGAUUUGCAAUUUCUUUUCGACAACAGGCUACUUCAUCUUGCUGUUCCAGCUGCCACUCUUUUACCGGGCUACCAUGCAUUUGUCUGCAUCUGGUGCUGGACAGCGGUUGAUUCCAGGCGCAGUAGCCGGAAGCAGUGGAUCGUUGGCCAUUGGCUUCUUGAUGACAUAUCAUGGCAGCUACUAUCGAUUCAUGCUGAUUUGCUCGGGGCUCUUGAUGCUAGGCACGACGUAUGUCUAUUCACUCGAUACGCACAGCAGUCUGUUUGCACAAUAUACAGUCUUGAUUCCAUGUGGAAUUGGGUACGGAGGGUUUCUCACUACAACACUGAUUGCUCUGCUCACAAAUACACGCUCUGAGGAAAUGGCAUCUGCAACGGGCAUGAGCUAUUUAUUCCGAGCUGUUGGUUCAAUUGUUGGUAUUUCAGCAUCGAGCAAUAUUCUCAACACAUUGCUUGGUUCUCGCUUGACGCCGGUUGUGGGACGAAAGUUGACGGAAAUGAUCAAGCGGGAUGCCAAUGUUAUCUGGACACUCAAGAAGCAUGAGCGAAAUGUAGUUCUUGGUGUUUAUGUUGGGUGCAUGCAUGUUUUGUUUGCAACGGCCAUAGUGCUGAGUGUCUUGACUUUUCUAUGUGCUAUUGCAGUCGAAAGAAAGUCCCUCAAGGAGGAGGACGCCGUCUUGGCAGACCCUAGUUGUGGUGAGCCAGCACUUUGACCAGGAAGACAAGGACUUUCAGAUGGAUGAAUUUCAGGGGCUUGCAAAUUCGACGUUUCACACUCAUUGGUCCAUUCGAGACACCUCAAUCUGACUGCGAA